AGGGCUCGUCGCUACGCAAUCCGGAUGCGACGAGCGCUUUUGGUGACAGCGAAAAUAAUUACAAGAAAUUGCGGUCGUCGGUCCAGCAAACAGAUUUCACAUUUAGUUUUUAUAAAGCACCGAUUACACUAGUUUCGGAUGCGCGCAAAUCUGCUCCGCGCUCUCCCCGAUUUGUGCGCAAAAGAUCGUUUGACCAAACCAAACAAGGAAGAACAUCUGGCUGCUCUUCUUAGCUAAAAGAGUCAUUGAAUGAGACUUUAGCAUCAGCUAGCAUUGUUUUAGUUUUAGACCACCGCUGCUUGGAGAGGCCGGAGGACGCGAGGGGGCUCACAGUCGCUUAAAUCCGCGGUGGAAACGGUGCCAGGCUGGCGCAGAUCGUGACGUGCCCGUGGAUCAUGCGCGACACUGGGGGGAGCCUUGCCCAGAACCGUUGGCAGGGAGACCUGGGGCUGACUGCGGUGGGUCAGGAUGACACAGGGGGUGGUGGGAUUCCAGCAGACCACCUCAUGGCCCCAGUGUCGGGCCAUAGUAUCCCCAGCCCCAUGCACCUGAAGCUGGGCCAGAAGGAGCACGUGUGGAUGGGCGAGUAUGUAGAGGACGAGGACAACCUGGCCAAGAUUGAGAGCAUCGAUGGAGACGAGGAGAUGGAGGAUGAGAGCCGGGAGCCGGGACCCUGGGAGGAGGGAGAUGCUCUAGUGGAUGAGGACGUGUACCACGCACAUGUUCAGUGGCCAGUCCCGAAAAUGCCCUCCCAGGCCGCUGCCUACGCACAUUUCCAACAGGUUCCAGAGAAGUCGGACAGUGAACAGGAAGAGGGUGAGGAGGAGGAGGAAGAGGAGGAAGAAGAGAUGGGUGGGAGUCUACAGGACUGUCCUCCGGCUGCAGCUCCCUGCCUGAGACGACCCCUUAACUGGACUCGCAGGAUGCGCCGGAGCAUGGGCCUGGCAGGGCAGUGGAGGCGCUGGCGGCAGAGUGCCCAGUGGCUGCACAAAUGGAGGAGAGGCAGAGUACGGUACAGCCUCUACAGCCGAAAGAGGAGAGGCAGAGGACACGGGCUGCAUCCAGGGAGGGGCGAGCGCAAGGGGGGCAUGGACGGGCAGCGAGAUAAGUAUGAGGUGGGGGCAGAGGGCCGUGACAGAGGACUGAGCCUCGCAGAGAGACCAGUGCAGCUGGCACUCACAGAAGAGCAUGUCAGCUGUGUCACAGGUUUCCUGGAGGAGGCUCUGCAGCAGUAUGGCAGUUUGAUCCCUGUGCAUGUGGACGACAUCACAGAAAAGCUCCAGAAUGUCUUUAGUGAGAGCUUCUCCCAACCACACAGGAAAGCUGUGGUGCAGCACUUGAUGCAGUCGUUCCAGCGCUCAUCGGGCAGCGCUCUGGCCAAAGGCUUCAGGGUCAACUACAAACGCCACGUCCUCACCAUGGAUGACCUGGGCACACUCUACGGACAGAACUGGCUCAAUGACCAGAUUAUGAACAUGUACGGUGACCUGGUCAUGGACUCUGUACCAGAAAAGGUCCACUUCUUCAACAGCUUUUUCUACGAUAAACUAAGGACAAAAGGAUAUGAAGGAGUGAAGAGGUGGACAAAAAAUGUGGACAUCUUUGGUAAGGAACUGCUGCUGAUCCCCAUCCAUCUGGAAGUGCACUGGUCCCUGGUCAGUGUGGAUAUCACGCGCCGAGCCAUCACGUACUUUGACUCCCAGCGGACACUCAACCGCCGCUGCCCAAAGCAUAUUUUUAAAUAUCUCCAAGCAGAGGCAAUCAAGAAAGACCGGCGAGACUUUCUGGAUGGUUGGAAAGGCUUUUUCAAAAUGAAUGUGGGUCGUCAGAACAAUGACAGCGACUGUGGAGCCUUUGUCCUCCAGUACUGCAAGUGCUUGGCCCUGGGAGAGCCCUUCACGUUUGGGCAGCUGGACAUGCCCCGUCUGAGGAGACAAAUGUACAAAGAACUGUGUCACUGCAAACUCAUCCUGUGACCUCCAACCCCCCCUCAGUACCCUCCUCCUCUUCCCCCUUACACCACCUUCACCUCCGGACCAACCGCUCGGACUGCUCCCCCACAUACCCCCCACCACACACGCCCCUAAGGGACAGUACAGUAAGGACACACGCACAUUUUGUUCUUCGUCUUCUCUGGACUCUACAACCUAAUGUCACUCAUUGUCAAGUAUAGGCAUUUGAAACCUCUUGUUGAAGGAAGCAUGGCUAAAGCUAACGGCCCUCAAAACAAGCUAGCAAGUGUUAGCGGGGGUAUACAGUGAAUUGUCGAUGUAAAACUUUGAUAUUCAAUUUAUUGUGUUGUUCAUACAAAUAACAGUAUCAGAUUUUUUUUUUUUUUGGAGGGGGGCAACAGAACAUGGCUAAAGCUAACGACCCUCAAAACAAGCUAAAGUGUUUGCGAGGUACAACAUUGAUAUUCAAAUCAUUGUGUUGUUCAUACAGAUAUCCAGUUUCUUUUUGUUUUUUUUUUCUCUGAUGGACAUGUUUGAAGUGUACAGAUUUGUCACUGUAAAAAAGCUUUUGUUUUCUUGACGACAACAGGACAUGGCUAAAGCUAAUACCCCUCAAAAAAGCGAGUGUUAGUGAGGUAUACAAUUAAAUGUUAAUAACGUUCAAAUCGUCGAAUAUACAAUUUUUUCUUUCUUUCUCACUCGGACAUGUUUGAAAUGUUUGGAUAUGUCAUUGUAAAAUGGCUUUUGUUUUACUUGACAACAACAGGACAUUGCUAAAGCUCACAAGCUAGAGUGUUAGUGAGGUAUGCAGUUGAUGAUGACAUUGAUAUUCAAAUCAUUGUGUUGUUCAUACAAAUAUCACAUUGUUUCUUCCUUUUUUUUCUCUUCCGGACAUGUUUGAAACGUAUGUCUGUCACUGUAAAAAGGCUUUUGUUUACAUGACGAUAACAGCAGCAGAACGUGUCCCUCUGCCUCCUACAACCCAGUCCACUGCCCAGACCGAACAGUCCAAAAGCGUUGUGUCAAUCGAUUUCUGAAGAAAAGCAUUUUUUUGGGGGGAGGGGGAGAGGGGUUUGGUUUUGUAAAACAUUUUGAGAGCUGCGAGGACCACAAAUACGCCAGUGCUUAGAGUUGAUGACACCCGUUUUAUAUCUUCUAUAUUAUUAUUAUAUGGUUGCUCAAAUAAAUGUGAUUUUUUUUUUCUUUUUUUUUGUAUUUUUGACCUUUUUUGCAUUGCGCAGCGCCUGAUGUAUGAUAGCCUCUCAGUCCCCAGUAUGUUCAUGUAGUUUCGGUUGUACACGUGUGAACUAAAUGUACAAACAUGAAAAUAAACUUUCUGAAAAAA